GAAUACGCAUUCGCACCCAAAAUCCAUAAAACCCCUCCCUCUCGAUCUCCUCACCCACAAUUUUUCAGAAAUGGCUGCCGCUUUCGUAUUUGAGCCUCCAAGUGAUGAAGAAUAUUCCGACGCCGAAGAACAACAACCGCAGGAGGAGGAGGAAGAAGAUGAACAGGAAGAAGACGAAGCAGCCCUGAAACCCUCUCGAGCUUCUCGCCACUCUGAGUCCCCGUGGGACUUCGCUUCCUACUCCGAAACAGUCGCCCAAGAACAUGCUCGCCGGAGCACCACCUCCGUCGAUUUCAAGAUCUCCAAAGCCCUGCAGCAACGAUCAGUCCCCAGUGCCGUUGCCCACGACGAUGAUGGUAGCUCCGAAUCCCAAUCCGAAUCCGAACCCGAAUCCGACAAACAGGAAGAUUAUAAGCCGGAAGAUGAUGAAGUAGUAGAUGAUGCCACUAAUGCCGGUGAUGGUAAAAAGCCAUUUUUCUCCCCAUCAGAUGGAACCUCCUUUCAUGCAAACUCGUUCAUGGAGCUCCAUUUGUCUCGCCCUUUGCUUCGGGCGUGUGAGAAACUGGGUUAUACCAAGCCCACUCCUAUUCAGGCGGCGUGCAUACCAUUAGCUCUGAGUGGGCGGGAUAUAUGUGGGAGUGCCAUUACUGGUUCUGGCAAGACUGCUGCUUUUGCGUUACCUACUCUAGAAAGACUAUUGUUUCGUCCAAAGCGGGUGCCCGCUAUUAGGGUCCUCGUUCUCACCCCAGCCAGAGAACUGGCGGUUCAGGUUCAUAGUAUGAUUCAGAAACUUGCCCAGUUUACUGAUAUCAGAUGCUGCCUGGUUGUUGGAGGGCUUUCAUUAAAGGCACAAGAGGCAGACUUGAGAACAAUGCCAGACAUUGUUGUGGCUACUCCAGGACGCAUUAUCGAUCAUUUACGCAAUUCAAUGUCUGUGGAUUUGGAUGAUCUUGCUGUUCUAAUUCUUGACGAGGCAGAUCGCCUUUUGGAGGUUGGAUUUAGUGCUGAGAUUCGUGAGCUGAUUCGUGUAUGCCCCAAAAGGAGACAAACCAUGCUAUUUUCAGCUACAAUGACUGAAGAAGUUGACGAGCUUGUUAAGCUUUCUCUGACCAAACCAUUACGCCUCUCGGCUGACCCAUCUGCGAAACGGCCAGUCACACUAACGGAAGAAGUGGUUAGGAUACGACGGAUGCGUGAAGUAAAUCAGGAAGCAGUUCUACUUGCAUUAUGUUCAAAGACAUUCACAGCCAGAGUGAUCAUAUUCAGUGGCACAAAACAGGCUGCACAUAGGUUGAAGAUUUUGUUUGGGUUAGCUGGGCUUAAAGCUGCUGAGCUUCAUGGCAACCUUACACAAGUCCAGCGUCUAGAUGCUUUGGAACUUUUCAGGAAGCAGGGAGUUGACUAUUUGAUUGCAACUGAUGUGGCUGCUCGUGGACUUGACAUCAUUGGUGUUCAAACAGUUAUAAAUUAUGCAUGUCCUCGUGACCUUACAAGCUAUGUUCAUAGAGUGGGUCGUACAGCAAGAGCAGGCAGAGAAGGAUAUGCCGUUACUUUUGUGACAGAUAAUGACCGAUCUCUUUUAAAAGCCAUUGCAAAAAGAGCUGGUUCAAAGUUGAGGAGUCGAAUUGUUGCAGAGCAAUCAAUUACUAAGUGGUGUCAGAUUAUUGAGGAAAUGGAAGAUCAAGUGGCCACAAUUCUUCAAGAAGAGAGGGAAGAGCAAGCACUAAGAAAAGCUGAAAUGGAAGCAUCGAAGGCUGAGAAUAUGAUUGUGCACAAAGAUGAAAUUUAUUCACGCCCCAAAAGAACCUGGUUUGUAACAGAAAAGGAAAAAAGGAUGGUAGUGAAUGCAGAUAAGUGCUAUCUUUUAUGCCAAAAGUUUGAUGCCCAGAAGCUGUAAAUGAGAGAUUACGUGCCUCCAAGCUCAAAGACUUGACAUCAACUCUAAAGAAUAAAUCGUUAUCCCAGACAACUUUACAUGAAUAUUUUUAUUUCAAUUUCAAUUUUUGGUUUGUGACAUUACGUAUUUUUUGACUUUAUCCACAAUUAUUACUAUGUGGAGGCUUAGUUUUUUUAAGACAGGACCUAAAAACAUUAUAACUCACUACAGUAUGGAGUUUAUUCUUAUAUAUAACCGGCCCAGAUUAGGAUUGAACUUUUUUAUGACUAAUCCGAGGUUAUUCCUAUUAGAGUACCACUAUACUGAGGUUUUACUUUACUACAGAAUGGGUACAAUACUACAAUGUAAGAAAAAUACAUUUGCGAUGACCAUUGGAAAAGCCCUCAAUAUGGGGGGCAUUGGAUACCAUUUGUAAUUAUUCUCUACCUGUUGCAUCUUCUGAUUACAUAAAUUUAGUUCCAAUACCAUAUAAUGGAUGUGGUUCGAAGUAUAACUGAGCUUCUCAACCAAAAAAGGCAAUAUUUGAUGCCAUUUCCCAUGUGGUAAGUGAUCUAAAGAAGUUUAACUUGCCCUAUACCCACUCUUUGAUUAACAGAGAAAAUCUAAACCUUAUUGGUUCUCCUUUGAUUUUCAAACAAUGAUAAAGCCAAUCAUUCCAAUUGUUGUUGGGUUAAAAUAUUCUUCACUAUUUUUUUUUUCCAAAGCUUUUCAAUAAAGAAGAGACUGUUUGUAUGGUUAGAGGUUUUUCAAGUCAGCAGACCUUCUCCAAUGUAUGGUUUUGUUCUUUUACUAAGAGUGAGAAGCACUUAAGCUGCCGUAGAUCUUCAUUGUAAUCCUAUUUUCUCCAGGAUGACUUGUUUUCUUUUCUAUUCUAAGCAUUUUUCUUGAAUGGGGGACUUAACAAAGUAAAGGCAUGAUAUCAAAGUUCUUCUUUCUGCUGACAGGCAUCCAAUGAAAGUGAAAAGCACCCUGGAAAAGAGGUAAUAAGUGCCCAACAAGCUGAAGAUUUAAAACUGAAAGAAAAGAGGAAGCGGGAGCGUGAG